AAAGUGACCAUGUAGUAAAGUAAGGCAAGUGAGAAUGCAAUCAAGUAGGCUUUUGUUGUGUUCCUCCCAAUCGUUGUUUGGGCCAGCCGUCACUACUACUCUCCCCCCUUCUCUUAGAUUCCCACCACACUCCUUAACCAUCGCAAAUUCAUCUCCGAUUCGCUUACAACCCCUGCGCUUCACUACUUCAUCGAGUAACUCUCCAGUAAUGGCUUCAAAGGAUUCUCAAGUUCAAGACCCGCGUAUAGCCGGAAUCUCAUCCGCGAUCCGUAUCAUCCCCGACUUUCCCAAGCCAGGGAUUAUGUUUCAGGAUAUAACCACACUGCUUCUCGAUCCAAAGGCUUUCAAAGAUACCAUCGAUUUGUUCGUUGAAAGAUACAGAGAUCAAAACAUCUCCGUCGUUGCAGGCGUUGAAGCUAGGGGCUUUAUUUUUGGCCCACCCAUCGCAUUGGCGAUUGGAGCAAAAUUUGUUCCAAUGAGAAAACCCAAAAAAUUGCCAGGAGAGGUUAUCUCAGAAGAGUAUUCUUUGGAGUAUGGAACUGACAAAAUAGAAAUGCACGUCGGGGCUGUGAAAUCUGGAGAAAGAGCCUUAGUCAUAGAUGAUCUUAUAGCCACUGGUGGAACCUUAAAUGCCGCAAUUAAGCUGCUAGAACGUGUUGAGGUGAACGUUGUUGAGUGUGCUUGUGUGAUUGAACUACCAGAGUUGAAGGGGAGGGAAAAGCUUGCCGGCAGAUCAUUGUUUGUGUUAGUUGAAGGAGAAGGAGCUUGAUAUUUGUCAAUGUGAUUGUGUUCUAAUUAUUUACCAUUUGAGCUGACUCUUGUUAGGAGCAUUAUUGAUGACUUUAGAUGAGAUUUAUUGCGGAAAGCUCAAUUGUUUGUGAGCUCUGAUCACAUUAAGGGUUAUUUUUAAAAUAAAAACGUUGUGUUUUUUUAGUAAAGAACCAAAAGAGUGGUCGGGCUCGAGCUUUUUUGUAUGCAACAUUAUCCUAUUUUUAUAUGAAGACUUGUUUUC